AUGAAAAGUGACAACGUGAUGCAGAGAGGUGGUGGGCGAAAUAAAGAAGCGACUCACGUAGAACAAAAGUCGCAGCCUCAUAAUAACGAGGAAGCAACAACGAAAGAGGAAAAUGAAGAGGAAGUCGGCGCUGAAGAUAGCUGUAAUCCUUCGCCGGAGACAGAAGAUGCCGAAGAAGCGGAGCAACAACGACAGCAACGGCAUCAUCAACAACAGCCUCUUCAGGUUGGACAUAUUAAUUUUAACUAUAUAGAUUUAUUAGCGGAAAGUCGGAGACAUCUACGAUACCUGAAGAGGGUUGCGGAAUUCGGGAAAUCGAACGCUUCAAAUUAUCUCGCCGCUGACAAUACCGCGAUAGUUGUAUAUAAUUUUAGUACUUUCGGUUGCGGAGAAAAACCUAUGCUAUGUCGAACGCCGCAAUCUCAAAAUCAUUUAUGUCAUAUGCAACCUCUUCGCAAAGGGGUUAGUUCCUCUACCGAACCGUCCUCGUCAACGGCGAUGACUACGUUGAUAUCGGAUACGCGAGGAACAACAAAGAGUAAAGAAGCUGUUGGCGAAGAGGUAAACAAGCGCAAAAAGGACCUCGUGGCAUUUAUAUUUUAUGAUUUCGAAACACGGCAAGAUGAGACGCUCGAAGGUACGAUGAACGUGAAAAAACAUGUACCUACCCUCUGCGUGGCGCAACAGAUUUGCGAAGCAUGCGCGCAGGAAAACGACAUGUCCGUGCGAUGCCGUUGGUGCGGCAUACGCGAAUUCAUAUUCAGACAUGACCCCGUGAAACAAUUUGCCGAAUUCGCAACGCGAAAGACGAAACGUUUCAACCAGAUCAUAUGCAUAGCACAUAAUGCGAAAGCGUUCGACGCGCAGUUUAUUCUUCAAUACAUCGUAGAAAAUCGGAAUGAUUUAGAGCCGAAAAUAAUUUUGAGCGGCACAAAAAUUGUAAUGUUAUUAGCAGGAAAUACAAAAUUCAUCGACAGUGCUAAUUAUAUGCCAAUGCGAUUAUCUGAAUUACCGAAAGCUUUUGGCCUAGGGGACUCUGUGGAUAAAGGCACUUUUCCGCAUUUAUUUAACACUGCCGAAAAUCAAACGUAUGUCGGGCCGUUACCAGACGCGAAAUAUUAUUCUCCUGAAAACAUGAAGACAACGGAACGCGAACGCUUUCUCGCAUGGCAUACGGACAUGACGCGAAAAAACACCGUAUUCGACUUUCAACAAGAAAUUGUUCGCUAUUGUCGUACCGAUGUAGACAUUCUUCGACGCGCCUGUAUAGCAUUUAGAAAAAUUUUUAUAAACCGCGGCAACGUAUGCCCGUUCGAGGAAUGCACCACUAUUGCCUCGACGUGUAUGAUCGUUUUCCGUAAAAACUUUUUGCGCGAAAAGAAAAUAGGUAUUAUUCCUUCCGGUGGAUAUAGAAAAGCAAGCAAUUAUUCGCUUAAAGCUCUACAAUGGCUGGUAUGGAUGGAGCGCGAAAUCGGGCAUCCUAUAAACCAUGCGGGGCGUGCGCAUGAAUAUCGUACGAUUGAUGGCACGCUCGUCGACGGAUAUUAUGAAACGACCGUUGUUGAGACGACACAGCGUCACUUUUUACAAUUUCACGGAUGCUUUUGGCACGGGUGUCCGACUUGCUUUCCUUCGAAUCGCGAUAGAGCGCUUUCUUCGACUUCGGAUCAUGAAGAUACGAUUGCUUUGCGAUACGAGCGAACUCUCGCGAUCUCGUGGCGCCUUCGACAACGGGGGUACAUGAUGACGGAAAAAUGAGACUGCGUUUUUGAUCGGGAUAUGCUCGAGAAUCGUGAAAUGCGAGAAUAUCUUGAAAACCAUCCGAUGGUGGAAACACCACUGCUCGACCCUCGCGAUGCGUUUUUCGGCGGCCGUACGGGAAAUAUCGUGACUCGAUACGAAGUUACGGGUGCAGAGAAAAUACAUUACGUAGACGUAUGCUCUUUAUACCCGUAUGUAUUGAAGACAGGCGCUUUCCCGAUUGGACAUCCAGAUAUUUAUGUUGGCAAAGAAUGCGCCUCUUUAAUCGGAAUAGCUCCAAAUUACAAUUUUGAUUCGCUCGAAGGUCUUAUACGCUGUACUAUGCUUCCACCACGCAACCUUUUUCACCCUGUACUCCCGUAUCGCGUGCGCGGAAAAUUACUUUUCGCCUUAUCUCGUAGUUGUUGCGAAACAUUUGCGCAGACAUCUUGCACGCACGACAGCAUUAAUGAGCGCGAAUUCGAGGGUACGUGGGUGUCGUGCGAAAGGCAGUCGAAAAGGGUUAUCUUGUGAUGGCAGUAAGCGAGAUUUGGCAAUAUAAAGUUAGCCAAUUCGAUCGCGCAUCGCGACAAGGCGGUUUGUUCGCCGAAUAUAUAAACUCAUUCUUACAAUUAAAACAAGAAGCAAGCGGAUGGCUGGGGGAAUGCGGUGACGACGAUGACGCUAAAGAACGAUAUCUACGGGAGUACAAAAAAACCGAAGGUAUUGUUCUCGAUAAGUGUAACGUUGCGCUGAACCCUGGUUUACGUUCAGUUGCAAAACUCUGUUUAAAUUCAUUUUGGGGAAAAUUCGGCCAGCGGGCCGAUUUGCCGAAUAUCGAGGUUGUGAGAACGCUGCAACGUUUUUUGACAUUACUGACGAGCGCCGAGCAUGAGAUAACCAAUAUAUUACCCGUGAACGACGAUGUAAUAUAUGUUUCGUGGCGAUUGCGACAAGAGGCCGUCACGCCCUCACCUAUAACUAAUGUUGCGAUAGCGGCGUAUACGACGGCUCAAGCGCGCUUAAAAUUAUAUGAAUAUUUAGAACGCUUAGAUCGACGCGUGUUAUAUUAUGAUACUGAUUCCUGUAUAUACGUAAGCACAGGUAAAGCGAAUGAGUAUGAACCGCAUACGGGAAAUUUUCUGGGUGACAUGACGGACGAGCUCGAAAGCUACGGCCGUGGUAGUUAUAUCGAGGCGUUCGUGUCCGGUGGCCCAAAAUUUUAUG